AUGGACCCUCCAUCCUCCUCUUCCCUCUCCUAUUACCCGUCCAAUUUUCAAGAAGAUGGUACAUUUGAAGGAAAUUUGGAAUUUGCUGAUCGAUAUCUCAUACCACAAGAACCCGUUAAACCCACCAAGCCAAAAACUGGGAAACAACCGUCUUUGCUCGUUGCAAAACACAAGGCAAAGCAGGACAGACCUUCAAGUGCGGCAGACAAGGCUCGUUUUCGAGAGUCACGGACAUUUGUUCACGUACCAAUUUGUGAAUCUUGUCGUGAUGCAUCUACACUGGAAAAGUCAGUGCUGAGGAUUCCGUUGUGUGAUUCGUGUCGGCUGAGAAACAAAAAGUGGACAACCGGCACCUCUUCAAUAUUCCUAUGGAUCAGCGUCCCGAUUCUUUCUGGUUUCGUUUAUGUGUUCGCAAUCCAUUAUUUUUGGCAGCUCAGUGAAGUUAUGGAUGCUUUCGUGAGAGCUGCAUUAGAAAAAUUGGAAGAAGUUUCAAAGAGUCAACUUAUCUAUUUUUCAUCUUAUGCAUUCAAAACUAUACCAAAGUCAGAAGUGAUUGAAUUGGAUUGGUUACAAAUUUAUGGAGUCAUUUUUCUAUGCUCCUCUGUGAGUCUCUCAUUCUUCACUAUGAUAUACUUUGGCUUGAAGACUUACUCCGCGAUGAGAAAGUUCCGAGAAGCGACGAGUACAGAUUCCGCGUCCUCCAAAAACUUACAGACUCAGCUGUUCUACUCUCUGGUCAUUCAAACUAUUAUCCCUGUUAUUCUCAUUCAUUUUCCUACUACAUUAAUUUAUAUCAGCACCUUUUUCGACGCUGCUUAUCCAGUUUAUGGAAAAAUAGUGACUGUCACAAUAUCACUUUUCCCUGCAAUCGAUCCGUUACCAAGUUUGUUGAUUAUUGGACCAUAUAGGCGAGCUAUACGAGGUUGCUUUAUGAAAAACUUUGGUUUGAAAAGAGGAAUUUCUGUAGAACCUUCGAAUCGAGGCACUUCUACAAUAUAUAGCAGUAGAACUGCACAAUUUUGA